AUGGCCGAGGUGGACCUGAACUACGCUUCGGUCGUUUUCAAGAACAAACAUCCUGCACCUGAAGCUAAGAAGGAGGAGGAAACUGUGUACGAUGAAGUGAAGGUGCAAAACGAGACCACCGAGCAAACUGCUGACACAAAUGCAGGAUUAUUGCCUGACAAGAAAACAAUCGGCAGACUUCGCCACUAUCAGCGGCUGGCUUGUUGUUUGGGGAUUCUUUGUGUCAUUUUGCUGUUGGGCAUCAUUGCAGUCUGUGUCUUCUUUGUAUUAAGUCAGGACGGUGACGGAGGCCAACUGGUCAAGGAGCUGAAACAGAAUCAAACAACUCUCCUGACUGCCAUUUACGAUCUGAAAAAAGUCCGCGACAAACUCAGCUCAGACAUUGAAAUCUUGAAGAGAAAUAACGACAGUCUGAACCUGCAGCUGGGCAACCUGAUACUAAACUUUACUGUCUCAGAGAUCAAGGUCGCAAACCUGACUGCACAAAACCAGCAGCUGAGGAACAACUUUACAGAGCAAAUAACAAACAUGGAGACAAACUGGAUUAAUCUCAACGUCAGUCGAGCUCAGUGGAGCGUUGAUGCCUACUGCCCUGAUGUGAAUAAAGAGACACAGUGUAGACCUUGUCAGAAUGGCUGGGAACUCAACGAGGCCAGCUGCUAUGCAUAUAAUAAUCCUGAUCUAGCUAAGAGGAAAACCUGGGAAGAGGCUCGAGAAGACUGCAGAGGAAAAGGUUCAGAUUUAGCUGUUGCACAUAAUCAACAGCAAAAGGACGCGAUCAGUGGUUACAGCAAAGGAUCUAAUGGAUACUGGAUCGGUCUGAGAGUUGAAGAUGGGAGAUGGAAGUGGAUUGAUGGAAGUGAGCUGGCUGACAACUCCUGGAUAGGAGAUCCUACCGUCGGUCACUGUGCAAUUUCUUUCCAGAGCAAAGGAUGGGAAUCAGUGAGCUGUGGUGAAAAACAACAAUGGAUCUGUCAAAAGAGCGCUUUUUCUGUUUAAACUCUGUUUCUGUUUAAACUUAAAACUGUCAUACUACUGAAUACUCUGUAAAGAUCAUAUCAACUGGCCUGUAAAUGUCAAACUAUAAGGGCUUUUACUUCACAAUUUUCAAUUUCUGUUUUUUCAAAAAUAAACAUUUAAAGAACUUUUAUUUUUUUUUAUAGAAAAAAGGGAGAACAUUGUAGAAAGCUGUUUCUGUGUCACUCAGAUGUAAAAUAAUAUUGUGUAUUAUAUAGCCUACAAUACAGGAGGGACUGUGUGUCCCAGCAUUUGGGGAAAAUACAGUAACUGGACUGAAGAGGCACUAAACUGUUAAUUAUUGAUACGUUUGAAUGUGCUUUUCUUUUACUUUAUCAGAGAUUUAGUGCUUAUAAUUUGUUUAUCAGUAUAUUAUUGUCGCUGGUUGACCAACAGAGGGCGCUGCAUCACUUGUUUCCAUUAGUAUUCUGAUUUUUUACAAUAUUUACCUGUACAGCUGAUCAUUAAGUGUUAUCUGAAAAUCAUUUCAUUAUGUAUUCUAUUAAA